GAUGAGGUAAGAUGGUCCAAAUAUAUCUAAAGUAGCUUCAGAUUUAAUUCUGGCUUAUAAAUAAUUGACUGGAUAAUCUAAUGACAUCGUGAUAUCUCCCAGAUAUGAGAAAACCGCCUUGUAUUUUCCUCAAUCACGUAAAUUGUUAUGUUAAACUUUACAGCCAUAGAAGAAUAAAUAGAAGAAGAAAAUCAAAUUGAUAGUCCUAGAAAAACAGUCACUGAGAACGAAGAUGAUUACUUGAAAGAAAUUAGUGAAUUAAGAUAAAUUGUAGAAUAAAGUAUAAUUUUUGAAUAAUAAAGUGAGAAUGAAAUACAUGAACAUACCAGAAAGGUAUUUAACAUAACCACUAAAUCCAAAUAAUCACAAUAACCAGAAUUAGAAUCAGAACACAAAUCAACUCAAAAAGAAACCCAAAAAGCAUAUAGUAAUUACUAAAUACUAAACAGAUUUCCUUAGACAAUAGUAUGGGAAAAUUUAAUGACU